AUGUCGACCGACGGUAGUAAAGGAAGCAAUGGAGGACAGGCACUUGUCCGCGCACCCAUCCAUCCUGUGGCACAAUUACAGAAGCCGUUUGAGGAGUCGAUGCUGGAGUCACUAAACGAUCUGCUGGACCAGGAUGUACCCCUCGAUGCCCUGACAAGACGCACCAUGCUUCUUGAAGCACCGACCUACAACCGCGUGAUUGCAGGGAGAUGGAAGCAAAAACCGGGAGAAAAAUACCAUCCCCUCUGGAAGUUGAUCGCUCAAAUGUCGUUUGGAAUGCAUCUACUGGCAGAAAAUAUGGCAUUGUCAGAAGAGGAGGUUAUGCGCAUCCUUCAAAGCCAUGUGGAUGAUAUUGACGGCUUCCUCGAGCGUACCACCGAAGACCUUGAACUUGCACAAAGCGACAUUCACGAACGACUACGUUGCCUCAAACUACCCUUGGCCCACGGUGAAGUUUUCGACCGUAUGCUGGAGGAUCGUGCCUUUCGAGCCUCCAUCCUCGAUGGCAAUGAGAAGAUUGACCAUGUCAUCAGCCGAACGAAGAGAGCGGCCAAAGACGCUUUGAAAGACGUCCAGAAAGGGUUUGACGCCACAAACACACUGGAGAAGUAUCUAGCCAAGCUACAGAACUCGUGGCAAAGAGAGUCGCCGGAACACGAGGCGGUUCUCGUUGCAAUGUUGGGAAACGCCGAGGGUUGGCGCCGCGCGUUUCUGGAACUACAUCUGGAAGGGAAUAAGCUUGCAGGAUCUCUGAAGAAGCUGGGUGAAGUGGUGGCUGAGAUGCAGCGGAGAGCUGCUGCGGUCAGCCGCAACAUUGUGGCAAAGCAGCAACGUCCCAAGCAUCCGACAUCUCACAGAUCGGCCAUGCUGUCACAGUCAGGGCCAGUCCCUGAGCACAAGCCCUUACCCACCGAGCCUGGGCAAAUAAAAUCGAGCAGAACAUCGUCUCGCAGCACAAACAUGACCGGGUUCUCCAGCAGACCAGGUAGUGGGAACAGACCGAGUCAAGGGUUAUCUGGCGGUCAGUCUCCAGAGUCAAGGCGAAAUGCCAGCACAGACAUGACACAUCGAUCAAUCACGUACCAAGCGGAAGCCGAACACCCUAUCGAGUUGCCCGCUGAUGUGCCAGAAGAAGUAUUACGGCAAGCGCCAGUGUCUGUGAAGAAUCGCAUGAGUUUGACACUCGGCCUGGCGGUGAAGGAUAAAUCGGAGCAUCGGAUUUCUAGUGUCUACUAUCCCAGAGCCCUAGGUGACCUAUUGAAAACGCCUGCAGCAUCACAACUACUUGGGUCGCCAAAGGCCACUGCUAACGCAGCGACUCCUUUGAGUGCUGUCAUCACCUCGCCUACUUAUAUGCUGGAAGCCCAGGCAGACUAUUUCGCCGACAGCGAGAACACACCAACCUUUGGCAAAGCUCAAUCAGAGAACAAGCACGGAUUGAUUACAAGUCCAAUCUUCGAGGCAGCUGCGCGCGGUUCUGUGCGAGCGUCGAUUGUCGAGCCAGCAAGUAGAACUCGGACGCGAAGUUCGUCGAUCCGCAGUCCUGCAUUCACAUCACACCCUGCCGUGAUGGCCAUGGCGAUACCACCGGCAGAAUUGCCGGCAUCCUCGGCAUCGUUGAUGCCAGAAGACGUAUCAGAUACAGGCAAGGUGUCAGCGCCUUCGAGCAUAGGGGAACCUGGGCCAGAGAUGGCCGAUACCGAAACCACGAGGCCAGUAUCAGCGUCAGAACCAGGAGUUAGGGUGGAGGAUUCGGGCUUUGCCGUGUCUGUGGUCCCUGCUUCUGCAGAAGGAGAGACAUUUGCAGCAGCAACAAUCAGGACCGACCAAGUGCAGAACGAUGCAGUCAGUGUGUCAGGGGCCCAGGAUCAGAACCCGAAUCAGGACAAACAGCUGUCUUCGUCGCCCAAGCAAGAAGAAUCUCCACGACCAUUAGAGCAAAUUCCAAAAAUACCUACCCAGUCGCCGCGGCCUCCGCCUGUCCCUGAGACCACAAGAACGGUGGAUGCCAAAGAUGAGGAAGUAGAGAUUAUAAUCCACAUUAACGAAAGCGAUGUGUCCAAGGAGCCGUUCUGCGCCGAACUGGAGGCAACCGCACCUGUGAAGAUGCAGAUACCCCAAGAUUUUGGGCCGGUGGAAUUAGAAGCACCGGUUCAAACAUUCAAACUGCCUCCACGGCCAAUUGCGGCAUCCCAAAAUCCAGACAAGGAGGUACCUCGGGCGAGCAUCCGUCAAUUGGACGACUUUUUCAAGCUGCCGACCGAGCAAUCGAUCAAGCCGGGAAUGAAGCCGAACGAUUUUGGGAAAUCGAUGGCUCCAGAACCCAUCCGUCCGUUGAAAUUAAAAUUGGCCAAAAAGGACGGGAAGGUGGUGCCAGUACCGAUAUCGAGCCCAGCAACUCCAAUCAGCGGCAGGCAGAGGGAAAGUCCAGGGCCGUCCAAGUUGAGGAUGGAUGUUGUAGCCGACAUCAUUGAAACUAUGUCCAACACACCUCCAGGAUCACCGGUACAUGACAAUCGAUCAUCUGGAGCAUCGUCCAAUUCGGCACAAAGAUGGUCUCACCGUUCGACUCGAUCUUUGGGCCCACCAGACCAAGCACCGGCACCUCCUGGGCCAGGGGGUCGGCAAAUGGUCAACCCGGACUUUGCAGCAGCGGGACAAUUCGAGGGGGAGCGAAAGAUGAAGCAGAAGAAGAAGAGCAGUGGAUUCGUCAACAUGAACAAGGAGAAAUGGAAGAACUUGUUCCUCAACAAUGGCAGCAGCACAAAUGCCAGUUCAAGUUCAGGGGCUUCGCUGGCGACGAAAUCAGAGAGGACGACAAGCACGACGAGACCAAGUUCAGAGGCGGUGCCAGCUGCAGAGAUGUUGACGGGGUCGGGCAAGGAUGUGUUGUGGUUUAAAGGAGAGUCGAAGAAGGCGCUUGGGGUGUCCUCUGCUUGA